ACAGCGUCUAUUGCUAUUCCUUCCUUUGCAGACUCCAGACCGACCGAAUUUAUUCAGACGCAAUACAUCGAUGAACAAAGAAAUAAACAUUUAAACAUAUAUAUACAGGCUAUCACUAAUCUUUCAAGCAUUUAAUACUAAUACACAUUGUGAUAAAAAAUCCAAUUGAUUCAUAAAGAAGUGUUCUAUAAGUCGUUGUACGUGAAAAUAAACAAUAUAAAUUUUUCAAUGGAUUCCUACUCCACUCUACUCAAAACUUUCAAGGAGAGGAGGCCUUAUGCUCUGCGAGUGAAAGAUGUUGAACAAAUUCGCCAAGAACACCCGAACAAGAUUCCAUGUGUGAUAGAGAGGUUUGAUCGGGAGAAACAGCUUCCUAUUCUUGAUAAAACUAAGUUCUUGAUUCCUGAUCAUGUCACCGUAGGAGAGCUAGUUAAGAUUAUCAGACGGAGAUUACAGUUGCAUCCUGCUCAAGCAUUCUUUCUGCUCGUAAACCAGACUAAUCUAGCCCCAGUAUCUAUACCAGUAUCAGAACUAUACAG